CGCGAUUGCUGCCUUUCUGGCUUGUCUAUUCCCCCCUCCCCUUUUGGCAUCACAAGGAGAGGAGAGAGAAGGGAGGGGGAGAGGUUGACCCUCUGUUUCCCUGAUCAAUUGCUGAGUAUUUGAUUUGAAGGAGUCUCCUCCCCUUUCGACACCCGCCUCCUUUGCGAUCGUGUGAAGCCAGCCAGGCAGCAGGGAAGAUAAUCUAUUCAGCUGAAGGCAGAGAAGAAGACAAGGAGGAGAGAUGGGGUGCUGUUGGGUCCAUCAAGUUGAGUGUUACUAGCAAGAGAAGUGUAUUGGCUGGCCAAGUGAGUCAUUUCCAACUCUUCAUGACUUCAUGGACCAGCCCACACCAAAGCUUCCUGUUGGCCGUGUUAAUGUUUCUUCCAGCAAUUUUAACUCCAACCUUGGAUUCGUCAAGCCCCUCAUGUCACAUGAUGUGUUCUGCAUACAAGUUGAAUAGUUUUCAUCAAGCUAGGAAUUCCCUGGGCUUUUUUUACUGAGGAGGUGGAUUCUGCUUUAAAGCAACUCCAAGGAGCGAGACUCACGUGAAACGCUGAUUCAGCUGGAGGCUGUUUACGGCCCUUAUUUCCUCUAGGUUUUAAUGUGUGAUGCCCCAGCAUCGUUAACAUAGAGAUCUUCCUAAAUCUUAGUUAACAGGCAAGACAGUUUGAGCCCAGUCAUGGAUGACUAUGAUAUCAGGUCCGCUGCCAGCAUUUUGGCAUCCGUUAAAGAGCAAGAGGCUCGUUUUGAGCGGCUCACCCGGGCCCUUGAAGAAGAGCGGCGCAAUGUCUCCCUGCAACUCGAACGCGCCAAUCAGCCCUCGGACCGUGUGAGCAUGUGCAACAUUGGCAGCGGCCAGCCCCUGGCGACUGCCUGGCAGCAGCUGGUCCUGCAGGAGCAGAGCCCAAGCAACCAGACGUCGAUAGCAAUGAUGCAGGAGCCCCAAGAAAUGGUUGAAGAAACUGUGACUGUGGAAGAAGAUCCAGGCACCCCUACAUCCCAUGUUUCUAUUGUGACUUCGGAAGAUGGGACCACAAGAAGAACUGAGACUAAGGUAACCAAAAUGGUCAAAACUGUCACAACUAGGACUGUGCGCCAGGUGCCACUUGGACCCGACGGCCUCCCUGUGAUGGAUGGAUCGUCUCCCAUGGGCAGUUACACCGACUCUAUAGACAGACGGCACAUGAAGAAUGGGGAGCGAUACAUCACACCACAAGCUUCUUCUACCUUGACCCGAUCUUACAACAGCUACAAUGACUCCUAUCCAGACAGUCAUGAUGGCCAGUAUCGCCCUUUUGUUGGCCACGAUGGUUAUGGAGACCUCCCUGACAACUAUGGUAGCUUGUCCCGCGGCAUAAAUUACCGUCCACGUUAUGCCUAUGUCCCGGGGAACAAUUACCGGCCAGAGGAUGGUAGUUUCACGUUGCCAAGCAGAAGGGACAACUACGGUCCACUGCCCCAACCUCAGGUGCCAACAGGGAGCAAUGCAGACUUGAACCGCUCCCAGCCAGAACGAUUCCAGCCAGAGCCAUAUGGCCUUGAAGAUGAUAACCGCAGCCUUGGGGUCGACGAUGAAGGCUAUGAGCUUGACCCAGAAUACUCAACAGUGAACCGCAGGACAUCAGCUGGGAUGCCUGAGAGAGGAAGGCCUCAUAAAGGAAGCAGGGGCUAUGAUGACCCUAUUGAGACUGAGGUUGUCGACGAGAGAAUCCCAUACUUGCAUGGCAGUUACGCAGCGCCCUUGGCACAGCCCGAAAGAGGGAGCAUGGCGAGCAUUGACCGCCUGGGCAAGCGUUCUCCUUCGAUCGAUAGCAUCCGCAAAGACCCUCGGUGGCGGGACCCUGACCUCCCCGAAGUCAUUGCCAUGCUCAGCCACCCCAUCGAUCCCGUCAAGUCCAAUGCAGCAGCGUACCUCCAGCACCUCUGCUACGAGAACGAUAAAAUUAAGAAGGACGUGCGGCAUCUCAAGGGGAUCCCGAUCUUGGUGAGCCUGCUAGACCACCCAAAGCCGGAGGUGCACCGCAAAGCAUGUGGGGCUCUCAGAAACAUAUCCUAUGGGAAGGAUAAUGAGAACAAAGUGGCAAUAAAGAAUUGUGAUGGGAUCCCAGCUUUGAUCAGGUUAUUGCGGAAGACAAAUGACAUGGAAGUGCGUGAACUCAUUACAGGUACCCUUUGGAAUCUCUCCUCCUAUGAGCCACUCAAAAUGGUGAUCAUUAACCACGGUCUUCAGACACUGACUAAUGAAGUCAUCAUUCCCCAUUCCGGUUGGGAGAAUGAGCCCAAUGAAGAUUCGAAGCCUCGAGAUGCCGAGUGGACAACUGUCUUCAAGAACACAUCAGGGUGUCUCAGGAACGUCAGUUCAGAUGGAGCUGAAGCCCGCAGGAGACUCCGGGAAUGCGAUGGAUUGGUAGACGCCCUCCUUCACGCUCUGCAGUCUGCGGUGGGCAAGAAGGACACUGAUAACAAGUCGGUGGAGAACUGUGUGUGCAUCAUGAGGAACCUCUCGUACCACGUCCACAAGGAAGUCCCAGGAGCAGACAAGUACCAGGAACUUGAUGCCAGCCACCUUGGAGGCUUCGGGGGGACCCACAAGAAGAAGAAAGACGAUGCCGGCUGCUUUGGUGGGAAGAAGGCCAAAGAGGAGUGGUUCAAUCAAGGCAAGAAGAACAGUGAUGCGGACAGGAACUUUGAUACACUGGAUCUGCCGAAGCGCUCUGAAUCAGCAAAAGGCUUUGAAUUGCUCUACCAACCAGAGGUGGUGCGGCUUUACCUGUCCAUUCUCACCGAAAGUCAGAAUUUCAACACUUUGGAAGCAGCGGCUGGUGCUUUGCAGAACCUCAGUGCUGGAAACUGGACAUGGUCUACCUACAUCCGGGCGACUGUGCGAAAGGAGAGAGGCCUCCCGGUCCUUGUAGAGCUCCUGCAGUCAGAUUCCGACAAGGUGGUCAGAGCCGUCUCUAUCGCUCUGAGGAACCUCUCCAUGGAUCGUCGCAAUAAGGACCUCAUAGGUAGCUAUGCCAUGGGUGAGCUGGUAAGAAAUUUGCCUAGCAGGCAGCAGAGAUCUUCGAAAAACUUGGAGGAGGAUACUGUGGUUGCAGUCCUGAACACCAUUCACGAAAUCAUUACCGACAGCUCCGAAAACGCCAGGUCCCUGAUCCAGACGCAAGGCAUUCAGAAGCUCAUCGCUAUCAGCAAAUCGAGCAGCCAAUCCUCCAGGGAAACCAAGGCAGCCUCUCACGUCCUUCAAAUGACCUGGAGUUACAAAGAGCUGCGGAGUGUUUUGCAGAAGGAAGGCUGGAGCAAAUCCCAUUUCCAGUCUGGCUCGGCUACUCCUAAGGGAUCCAAAGGUACCUCGUGCAAAUCAGGCUACGAUGACAGCACUCUGCCUCUUGUGGAUAAAAGUCAAGAUAAUGAGAAGACUGGAAGUCGGGAUAUGAUUCCUAUGGACGAACUCGGGCCAGAUGGCUACUCCACCAUCGAUCAUCGCGAAAAGGAGCGGAAGUACAAGGCUAAUGACAACAUGGGAGAUGCAUCCGAGAAGGAACCACUGAAAAAUGACACAAGUAGGAAAACCAUAAACAGGAGCAAUAGGGCUUCAGUGACUCUGGUGGAUGCCCGUGAUCCUAAACCCCAGCCUGUUGACUCCUGGGUCUAAUUUGCAUGCAUGGGCUAAGGUCCAGCUGCUUGUUUUAUUCUUCUUAUUAUUUUUUUUCCUCAACUUCAACGAAGACUCAACUCACACAGGAUCUCAUUCAACCAUCACUGCCAUUCAGAUUCAGAGGGCCUUGACAUUUUGCAUCGAUGGAAGCCACCGGGCGGCAGAUCUCUACGCGGGCGGGGGACCGGGGGACCGAAGCAUCCGCCGGUCCUAGAGCGGCAGCCAUAGAGCAGGGACUCUCCUGCCUUGGGAGGACCGACCACAUUCCCACCCACCUCCCUCUGCCCUUUCCACUUCCCGCUGGAGGAUUCGGAAAGACACGCUUACGUCGAACAAACGACUCCUGUUCUGAGCCGACUCUUCUACGCGGAUGGUGCCAAGUUAGGGGAUGAAGGUCACGAGAUGGGGAAGAGGAAGUCGAAGAAGACAAAGAUGUGUGAAAGAAGAAGAAGGAAAAAAAACCCUACCGAAUACUCCAAGUAUACCUUUGGUACGGUCAUUUAAACUAGCACUUUUUCCUCCCCUCCCUCCUUCCCUCCCCCCGCCUUUUGAACUGUGAAUUUUUCAAGGAAAAAAAAAUGGCAAUGAUAACACUUUCUUUUCUUUUCUUUUUGUGGCCUAUUGUGGAGGUUUUAUUCUUUGAUCUAUGGGAAACGUAGAACUGUUGAGCUGAGUUUGAUGGAUUUUGAUGAAAGGAGAAAAAAAAUAUAAUCUUGGUUGACUGACUUGGAAAAAAAAAGGUGGAAGAUUGAAUUGACGUGGGCUGUAUAAUCUGCUUUUGAAGUAAGUGAUACCACACUGUGCUCUCUCGAUAUUGUCGUUGGUGUACAAUUCAUCUGCCUUUUGACUUCUGUAAUGGCUCGUUUCUAUUUCCAAACAUAUACAAUGCUUUCUUUGAGGUUUUGCUGUCCUCGUUCGGAAAGGAGAAGAAAACCUCAAACUCGAGACAGUUGACUUUUGUUGUUCGCAAUGUUCAUAACAAGUGCGCCUUUUGUUUUUUUUUCAACCUGUCGACAUUGGGUUGAUGGUGAUUCCAUAGUCAGCAUCACAGGCUUCCCCGCACCCUGCUCCCAUAGAUAGCAUUGGAUUUAAUUCAAGUGGAAUCUUCCUCACAAGGAAGAUGUGCGUCGGAUGCGGCACAAACCUCAGGUGUAUCUGUUGGUUUUGCUGAUUCAAAAACAAAGAGGGAAACCCCCACCUACUACUGGAUCCCAUCUGUGAUCUUUGGAUACACUUUCAAUAGACCACUUCAAAGGGAACUGUCAUAUUUCUUUCUUACUUUCUUUUUCUUAAGCCACUGGUUUGUGGAUAGCUUAGAACAGGGAUGGCAAUUACACAGCCUUCCAAAGACUGUUGGACUGCAAAGCCCAGAAUUCCUGUUUGGAGUUGCAGUCCAGGAACAUUUCCAUCCUGAGUUUCCAUCCUGAGAUGCAAUCCUAUCUGCCUUUAUCUGGAAGUAAGCCCCAAGACUUGACUUCCAUGUAAACAUACUUAGGAUUUGACUGUUAGCUUGUAAUUUGAGUUGUAGGUGUCCUAUUGAUAUGGCAUCCUAUUUAUGUGCAAAGCCUUAUCUAAGAUUUCUCGUUGUCGUAUGGGUUUAGAGCAAGAUGUUUGCCAUUGGUGCAUAUAACCAUAUCCCCAUAUACUGUAUACAGUAAUGCUUUGUGCUUUAACCGCAUUAAUUUCUUCGGGGUUUCUAGACAGAAAAUGCAAGCAGGACUUUAAAUUUCUAAUUCAACUGACAUUUGCGCUCUCGCUCUCUCUCUCUCAUUCGGUCAAGUUAGUUGGUUGCCAUAUUAAACCGCGUGAUUGGAAAGCACAUUCUUUUGUCAAAAUCCAGCAAAUUUAAUUUGGGGGAAUCUCAGUGCCUGCUCUUUCCUUUGUGAUUUAAAAUGAAGCGGGGGGGGGGGGGGGCGGGGGAGGCGGGCGGGGAGAGAAUAAACAGAACAAAACGAAAUUACUGUACUAGUUAAGCAUCUAACUUUUUUGUAAAAAAAUAAAAUAAAAAAUACGUUUAAAAAAAAAAGGAGACAAGACAAAAAAAAGCAAGCAUCGAGAGCUCUGUAUCGUCUGGAAUAUAAAGAAAAUAAAAUUCGACAUGAAUUACAUAUAUAAAUAUAUAUCUAUAUCUAUAUAUUGUUGUGCAGAAAAUAGGUUGCCAAAACCACGUGAGUCACGUUUGUAGCAGGAAAGCGUUUUUUGCAACGAUUCAGGGAAAGACUGGUGCCAGAAGCUCUUUUUGGCAACUUGAAUGGUACAGACACAAACAUAUAUCAACAGUGGCCACCCCACCCCACCCGCCACUUUCCCCAACCCAUCUCAGCCACGCACAGCGGGGGUCACCUUGGGGGUUCUUCCGGAAAGCGUGGUGUUUGGGAGCAAAGGCAGGUUGCCAAGACCUAAAGCAGAGGGAGGCCUGAGCAAGCCAAAGAUCUCUUGAUAGGCCAAAGAACGAGGAAGGUGACCUCUCUGGAUUCCCCCUGGAGCAGUGCUUCUCAACCUGUGGGUCCCCAGGUGUUUUGGCCUACAACUCCCAGAAAUCCCAGCCAGUUUACCAGAUGUUAGAAUUUCUGUGAGUUGAAGGCCAAAACAUCUGGGGACCCACGGGUUGAGAACCACUGCCCUAGAGACCCUCCUUGCCCCCCCCGCGGCUGAAAACGGCUGGUGCGGGACCCCAUUUCUCCCCACCUCUAACAAUGGUGCUCUUUUCAUACUUCUACUCUUGAUAAGCGAAGAGCCUUUUGACUGGGCUGUACAUUUUAUACCAUCUUGACUCUUGCGUAUUUCUCUUUCUCUCGCUCGCUCUCUGUUUUUAGUAUACAAAGGGAAUUCUGUUUCAUUUUGUUGUCGUCGUUGGUUUUUUAAAAAAAAAAUUGUGCAAUUUGUGGGUAAUUGAGUCUGCUCCAUGGUUUGCUAUCAGGGCUCUAAAGAGCUUUAGUUUAUGAAGUGGACUUUGGCUUUGCUGGGAGUCCAGUCUCUUCCAGUAUGGUUGCCCACUUGCCCAUGAUGUAGCUUCUCCCUGCUUUUCCCAUUCUGAAGGUUGAAAUGCCUCCCCUAAGGUUGCAUUAUUGGCUGUAAGAGCUUCAAAUCGAUGUUUGAACCCAACCCUUUUAACCCUCUCCACCGCUGGAGAGCACGAACACCACCAACAUUACAUUCAACUCUUAAUUUUAAAGUCCAGUGUCUAUACUUUAUGGUAAUGAUCUCCAUCGCCAAGAUUUUGAUCCAUGCCUGCCUUUUGAUCUGUGUUAUUUAGUAAGAACUGCAGAGGCAGGGUCAUCUCCUGAUGCAGCUUGGUGGCAUCUCCGAUGUCUACAAGGCUUCUUUUUUGUCAUGGACCAUCUCACAGAGGCGCUAUUGUACAAUUCUUUGUAGCAAGGAGAUGUCUCAAAUUGUGGUCUUUAUUGUAUGAAUGUUCAAGUGGCCCGAGACGGUGAAUCGAUAGGAGAAAAUGCCAGGGAAGGAAUUGCGGGGUUGGGUUACCAAUAGUAGGGAUGCACUUAUAUUGAAGUUCGGCAGGUUUGUCAAGUGAGUUGAAGGCUCAACUUGAGUCUCAGUAGUCAGUGAAGGUGUCAGGUCUGUCCGUUCUGACCGGUUAGUGAUAGCACAUUGCAGGAGAAAUUGUGUGUUGUGAGCAAAUGUUGUGCACCCUACCCUUGUGUACAUUCUUGGUUUCAAUCGCCACAUUUGGCUGUUGGUUUGUUCCUUGCUUUGUCAUACAGAUUAGUAUUACCAUUGUAUUUCUCCUCUGGAACAGGUUGCCGUGUGAUCCCCAGAAAUGUGCUGAAGUAUUGUCAAGGAAGUGGCUCAUGGGGUGACUGCCCAUUGGUCAGGCCAAUCCAGUGCUGCCAUCUUGGAGUGUUGGGAAGAUUUGCUAAUGUCUUCAGAUAUUUGCAAAUGGGGACAUGAGUAGUGAGAUGCACGUGAGAUACUGCCUGGGGGUGGCUCUCCAGGGGCACCGCAAAAGUAUCCACAUGUCUGCAUCCCGUAACAUCUCGAGGUUCAUUGUUUGACUAAAGCAAGUAGAACCAUACUGUUAUAUUUGUGUAGCGUGAAAGGUCUCUUUCAAGGUAGCCCUUUUCUAUACUUUGCAGUCUCUCUUUUGUGGGCAGGCUUUCCCUCACUCUCUCCCAUUCAAAGUGAGAAUUGUGUCUUUGGGAAGGUUGAGGAACUUCAGGUCUGAAGGCCACAUCAGGCCUCCACGAGUCCUGAUCCAGCAAUCUGAGGUUCACAUCACACCAUUCUUGAGUGGUUUCCUAAAUUUUGUACUAUUCCAAAGGGUUGUAGUACUUUUCCAAAGGCUCUGUAAUUCUGGUCCUACCGAUAGCGUUUCUGGAAAACAAUAUAAAAGAGUGCUUGAGCUGUUCCAGGUUUCUUUCAAGCUGGUUUGAAAUUCCUUUUUCAGAUAUUUUCUAAGUUUCCCAGCUUGGAAGCAAGAGCCGAUCCUAAGUGCUUUGAGCAAACAUGGUGCUUGUAUAGACUGAAUCAGGAAUCAAAAUGGUCUGACCAGGGUGAUGAAUUCUAACCUAAGUGUAAAAUGUUUGGGUGGGUUAGUCAACACUGCCAAAGGGUUUUGGUGUAGAAAAGUAGUGCACAACCUGUGGCCCUUUGGGUGUUUUGGACUGCGACUCCCAGCAUUCUUGACCAUUGGACAAGCUGGCUAGGGCUUCUGAGAGUUCUGGAGGUCCACAGGUUGUGCACCACUGAUGUAGGCGAUCUGCUCUCCUUACUGUGGACCAAAACAGCUGCUAAGAUUGUUUCCUUCUCGCCACUUCUUUGCUUUUGUGUGUGUGUGUUGGUUCCUGCUUGUCCUGUUAUGGCAUUUUGGUGUAUCGGAGCUUCUUGUUGCUUCAUCUCACUGAUAUUCAUAGGUCAUGAGACUUGGAAUGACCAAGAGGAAAUCCUGGCGAUGUGUGCCAGGAGUCUUCAUAGCUUCUCUCACUAGGAUUUCAUUCUGCUCGUCUGUAGCAAUAAGUCGAUCAUCUGUGUACGUUUCUUAGCUCGCGCUCCUGGGGAGUUGCUCGUACAUACUUUUCCAUGGGCAAUGACAGAAAAUACAGCUCUUUUUACUAACAUGUUAAUCAUGAAUGCUGGCUCUGGUUACCUGUUUUUAUAAAUGAAUGUCUAAAUUCAGCAAAUAUCUCCACUUUUUAUAAAACCUUGUGGCCAUCAACAGGAUAUGGCUGUGUCCAUUGUGGCCUGGAUUGACUUUGGGCCUUCUUUGGCAAUUCUUCUCAUCCAAUGGUGAAAUCUACCAUCAAUGUGACUUUUCAAAAGGCAGCUCUGCUUUGGCAUUUUUGUUCCCCAUAGGCUGGUCUGUGGUGGGCAUAUCUCAGGUUGGCGGAGGUCUUUUUCACUAGGUGACCCAAUUGUAUCCCUUCAGCUGUGGUUGAGAUGCAGUUCCCACAAUUCCUUAGCAGCGGGACUGAGUUCAACCAUCUCUGGAGUGCCAAAUGUUGUCCUCCUCUGCCAUCAACUGGGGACAUCUGUUUGCAUAGUAGGGAUUUGAUAGGCAUUUAGAUGUCCAAAAUGGAGCUCAAAGCCUGUUUAUGCAGAACGCCAUUCUUAGAUUUCCCUUCGUUUUCAGUUUCAAUGACCAAAAAAAGAGAGAGAGACAGAAAAUGUUUAAUCCUUGCUAUUGAAUAGGUGGAAUCCAGAAGUUCUCGUUGAUGUAUUGCAAGCCACCUAGAGAUCGAGUAGCAAAUCUAGAUCUGCCUUUUGCCCACCCUUGGUGUUGUCAGUAGUGAUCCCUACUUGAUCCAUGUAACCGACACGGAUCAGAAUAGACAGAAAAUAUGUAUACCAUGUAUCAGAAUUUGGAAAAGUUCCUAUUUGGGACUGGAACUCCCUGAAUCGUCCAGCCCAGGAAUUCUAGACGCGGUAGUCCAAUGCAACUUUUCCAAGCUCUGUACAUGCCUGUAUCAUAUGUAUCCCAUAUUGCCGUAUAACUAUAGGUCUGUGCCAGCACAUCCGUGAUACAGAAUUUUGUACAGCCAAAGUACUCAGCACCCUGUGAACCUCAAAUUCCUUUCCAGCAGGGAUAGGAACGGUGCAACUUUCCUUGUAUUCCUGGCAUUCCUUGGCUAUCUGGCUAGGGCUGCUUGGAGUUGUUGUCUAGUACUAUCUGAAGGCCUGCACAUCCCUGCUUUAAAGAUUCUCUGGAACUGAAACCAAAUUUCUAGUCUGUUAUGUCUGAAAAGAUAAGCUUUGAAAGGUGUGGGUCAUGGCAUCCAGGGCAUCUCAGAAGUCAUGUUUGCACUAAGAAGGUUUUAUGGUCCAUUGGCAGCAUUCAAAGACCCCUGCCUACCUUCUUGAUUCCUUCCCCCUCUGUAUAAAAGUUAGGCAAGUUCUACCAAAUAUGUAGGCAUAUGCAAUUUUGCUUAAGACCUAAGUCACGUACUGUGCAAAGAACAUGAUUCCGUGUCCUUAGCACAACAUAUUACAUUUAUGUAGCCCUGUCUGUGGCACAACCAUUGGCAUGUUUCUUAAACCUCAUGUUAUAUGUGGACAUCAGAUACCUGCAGAUGGGUCAGGCUUACAUUUGUCGUUUCAUGUCUCUGAAAAGUCUUGUGGCACCUUAAAGGCUAACACAUUGGUUAUGGCAUGAACGUUCAGGAACAGUGUCUCCUGGUUGUAGUCCAGAAAAGUCUUCAUGGUGCCACAAGACUUUCAUGUUGCCACUGUGUUCUGUGCUCAUUCUGCUUUGUGUGUUGUCAUAUCUAUUCUGGGCCGAACAGGGAAGAUUUUCUUUCCGCAUCAUAAGCAACUGUGGUGGCAGCUCUUCCCAUAGUCUUUUGCUUUGUGAAGGUUGAGAUGUAGAUACGGAGUCUGCUUUUUUAUUUUUGAUGCUACCAAAACAGUUAUCAUUUUCAAAUCGGAGUAAGUCAAUGGGCCCUUGCAACUUCCCUGGCAGCAAUCUUUGUCUUUGGGAAGCCACUGCCAGCAUCCCACUCAUUCCAACGUGGUGACUUCCCAGAUCAUGCCAAUGCUACAAAGGCCUGCAGUGGGAAACCUAAGACUGGUCUCAAUAUUGGUGGGCCUUCCUGGAGUGAUUGAACCUGUACUAAUAUCCUUAUUAUUUUUAAUAAGUUAGCUGUGGGCUUCAGGAAAUGGCCAGCCAUUGUAGAAAGCUAUCACAAACCAGUGUGACUGGAGGAUGAAGACGGAGGUGUCCCUUUAGUCCUGGGACAGAGUAACUUGCUUUCCCAAACUUGUUUUCCAUGGAGUUAUGUACUACAGCUCCCAGCAUACCCAAACAUGGCCAUGGUUUGGUGAGACCCGUAGUCCAGAGCUUCUGGAGAGCACCAUGUCAUGGGAGGUGCUAUCCCCUAGAUCAGUAUUGAGACCAAGCCACAUCAUUUCAUCUCAUUCUCUCAAAACUUUCAGAUUGCUCUGAGAUCCCGGAGAUGCUAAAUUCUGUCGUACCUUUGCUGCAGCUCAUUGGAUUAGGUAGCCUGUAGAUGCCAAAGAGAGGCCGUGUAUUGUAAACGUUUGUGCGGAAUCAGCUGAAGUGGGCAGUGCAUGGGAACUGCAUGGUCCAGUUGGUGGUAGCUUUGUUGUCUUCUGCUGACAAAUUUUGGUGAAUGUCCCAUUUUGUCUGUAUUUGUGCAAAGAGUUGAAUAUAUAAGUUGUUGGGAGGAGGUUGACUUCCAUGCUUCUAGAACUCUUGGUGUUUCUGGACAAAACGUGGAAGCAGAUGUGAGUAUUAAAGACAGCUUGAGGGAACGAGUGGUGACCCCAUUAACUCAAAUGACGCAGGCCCAAGGACUUAAGGGACUGAAAGUAAUAUCAAAUAUAUCUUGAGAACAAUACUUGAGGGACCCAAAUAUAACGUUUGGCUUGUGGAGAGAGGGGCAAGUUCACCAGGACAUCAUGCCGUUACUACUGUUGUUAUUACUUAUUUCAUGCAGAGCUUGAAAAGGUUGCUUUUGGGGCUAAAACUGCCAGAAUCUUCCUCGUGUCUGGGAGUUAUAGACCAGAAGGAUAAUGUUUCCACGUCCUGGUGUCAUGGUCUGAGUUUUGACACACAAGGGUACCCACUUCCUGCCAGGACUUAUGCUAUCUGCUGCCUUGGUUUUGGUUUUGCUUCAUGGCAGAUCAUCACUUGGAAUUAUCAUGCAGUGAUCCGGAUUGCGGCCACUACUUCCUCUCCCACCACUCCAAAGCAUUGUGGGUAAAAGAUAUGGCAGCCAUUGCUGGGCAUUGUUUAGCCCACUUUUAUGCUCCCUCUAGACCACUGAAAUGGCCCGUUGCAACUCUGUAGCUUGGGAACAGGACAGCAAAGGUGUACGGAGAGGUAUUUUAGCUCACUUUAAAGUAAUACGCACUGUUGGCAUCCAUUAACCUUGUUUUGUGUUUUCAUAUACAUGCUUUGGAGCUGAUAUGUAUCAAAGUAUUGUUGAGGCUACAUUCAUGUGCAUUUUUUUGUGUGCAAGAAUGAUAUCCAAGAAGGUUUCGGAACCCAGGAGGAUGACGGCAGUGCAUUUUGGUUCCAUGGGGUCCUUGCCUUCUUAAGUCACCGUCAGGUCACACAUGCGCCCAUCAACGCAUCUCUCUUCACAUUAAGAUUUGCUGCCAAAUGUGGGCAGCCCACCUCUGUUGAAAUGUAUUGUGUCUUGAGGUGAUAGGAAGCCUCCAGGGAUGGAUGACCUGUCACGGCUCUUUCGCACAACCAAUAUAUCCCUUUCACCAGAUGUGGCCAGAUGAGGUGAUAGAAUGAACCUUCAGGCAGCAGAGCAGAUGAUUCUACUUGGGGCACAUGGGCCUUUAGAUCCCUUAUUUUUGACUGUGCUGCCUAGAGCUACUGGGAUGUGGAGUUCAUCAUCUGGAGGACCACUCAUUUCAGAUCCCUGGCUCUUUAGGGAAGGAAAGAAAGCAGGUUCCUGUAGCUUUGACAGCUACGUAGAUCGUAGACAUUCAGCUGCCACUUAACCUGUGGACACCAUCUGCUGAAACUGUGUCUUUGACACAGGUGGAACUGGUGCAGGUGUAUCUACCAACACUAGGAUGGCCAAUUCUUGCUGCCACUAUAGAACAUGGUGGACUAUAGAUGGUGUGUAAUCCAAGCUUCAAUGCUGCUCCAGAUUUUGUUGUUUUUUCAUAGUUCUUAGAACUUUCUCUAUACAAAAGUAUGGCUCAUGAUGCAGAACGAUUCUUGCUCAUCAUUAAAAACACCCUCCAACUCUCAUUUCUGGAGACAACUACAAGAAACUGCAUAUCGGGCAGACAAGCUCUGGUUCCACCUAUUUUUAGGAAAAGAGAGGUCACAUGGGAUUAUUUUUUAAAAAACAACAACAUACUACUACUACUAUAUUCAAGUGUGGUCGUCUUCUCUACUGCCUCAGGAUUCUACUGCUUCAUUCUGCUCCGUGUGUCGACACGCAGUCAAUUGUGAAGUACUCCGCUCGACAGAUACGGAGCUGAUCCUUAUGUAUGUGUAGAUAAGGCUACCACCUUCCCUGGCCACAUCUGAUGGGUGCAGCUUAUGAAAACAUGUGCCACAAAAUACCAGCGGUUGUCUUAAAAAAGCGGGGAGAGAGCCAAAGGAGUCACCACACCACUUGGGCUCUUUUGUCUUUGUCGGGCUAGACGAGGGGGGCUCUUUGGCCUCUGGCUUCAGUGGAGGAUGGUGAGAUACUUGCGAGAGAGAGAGUCGGGGGAGACGUGCCCGAUGGGAGCAUGCGUGGGCCCCUCCAGUUCAGCCGAGGGGGUGACCUUGUAGGGAACGCAGCAUCACUGACUUAAGCAGCUUCCUGGUCAAUCAGUAGCCAAUGUGUUUGUAACAAUCAUGUGCCUUAAACUUUUCUUGUUGGGGGUGGGAUGGGGGAAAAGUCACCCAAAUCCAAAAACAAAACAAAAAAAAAUAGUUAAAAAAUAUAAAAAUUUAGAUCAACAAUGUGUGUUUCUGUACUCUUCCUCAACAUUAUCGCUGUUGUUUUUGACCGAGAUGGGGGGGCGGCCGGGGGCGGGGGGCGUUCCUUUUGCAUUGUAUUUACACUGUACUAUAAACAGACCGGUUUGGUUUUAAGACUAAGGGAGGGGUGGGAGGUGGAUUAUACUUUCACAGAACCAAUGUUUAACAUAACCCGAAUGUAUUAAUAUUAUUCUAGGAACUUUCCGUAACACAGACAAGUAGAAUGCUUGUUGAAGCCAGGUGUGUAGGUUAACAAUUUGAUGUGUUUUCAAUAAACAAUGCCUGGAAUUAA